AUGGCAUCGCCGAGUCGACUUCCCUCCGUUCGCAAACCGGCAGGCUCCGGCAGAGCAAGGCCGCUCUCCGUGUUCGAAGCACCGACUGAGCACCUCAAGUCAUUGCAACGGAUCGAGGGCGGAAGCCAUGGCAAUGGCGAUGGAUCUCUGCCAAACAAUGGCACGACCUCGAAGCAGGCGAAGCGACGCAGCCUGUUACCGAGCUUCUCGACAUCAAGAAAGACAUCGGGGGGUGAGAAGGAGAUACGGGAGUCUAUGAUCAGGGAAGACACAUCAGACAGCGAAGUCAGCUCCAGGCCACGAGAUAGCGAGGAUAGUAGAAGCAUGCCACCGCCUCCAAAGCCUUCCAGGACCGCUUCUUUGCGCCCGUCUGGGUCAAGUGCGGGUAGAGCAGCCGCUGCGCAUGCCCGAACGGUCUCCAAAGAAGGUAAUGUGGUAUCAUCGAAGCCCUCGCUUCAGCCAGGAGGGCCCAGCAUACCCCAGAGAACAGACUCAUUGCACAAGCGUACGGGCUCCACGAGACUCCCGACCACACACCGGCCCGGUGCGAGUACGGCGACUCCUAGCCAGCAAUCGAUCCCUGCCCGUGGAAGCAGCACGAGAGCGGCUACCUCGACUGUGGCACUGAAACGCUCUUCUGUAGUCAUGGGCAAGCCGCCUGCGCUCGAUACGUCCAUGUCGAGCCAGGCUCGGGGUCAGCCUUCGCCAAUCUCGCCUACCGGCUCCGCAACCUCUCGCACCAAGUCGCAGAUGCUCCCACCUUCCACGCGGCCAGCGUUUUCGACAUAUCAGCAGCAUUACAGCCCGGCGAAGUCUGGGCUUCCCAAACCGCCUCUGCCCAGUACCCGGGGCGCGAAAGUCGUCUCUCCUGCUAGCGCUGAGCCCGAGAUCCCCAUGACCCUGGAGAUCGCAUUGGAGCAGAUGGAACUUCUGCAACUUUCGCUACUGCACCAGAACUCGGCCCUCAUACUCGAAGAGUACGAGCAAAGCGCGAGGAGCAAGCUCGGAGAACUCCACGCCAAACUCCAGAAAGACUUCGAAUCCAUACGCACGCACGAAGAGCAACAAAGGAGGUGUCAGAAUCUGCAUGCGCUGGAGAGCUGGUGUCCCGACGAAGCGCUCCUUGCCGAGCAUCUCCAGACUCUCAGUCGCGUGGUAUCCGAUCUUCGCGCACACACAGAGUCGGGCAGUCGCUACUCUGAUCUUACCGAGACGUUUGAUAUGUGGGUGACGCGAGCAGAGUCAGUCUUGCUCGACGGCCAGAAUCAAGCCAUUGAGGCUCUCCCCGAGACUUGGAGGGCAGUGCACACAUCGGUGGCUCUGAAACUGCGUUCCAUCCAGCGCGACAUCGGUGUCCUUCCGCCGGCGCCUCAGAGCGAUAUCGAACAUGCCUCUAGCCUGGAGAUCGUCUUGGACAAUUGCUCGGCUCUCGUCGACAGCAUGCUCAAGGAGCUUGAAGUCAUGACGAAGCUCCAGAAGGAAGUGCUACAGCAGGGCAAACUUCGCAUGGAUGAGCAGAUCAACGCGUUGAUAUCAGCGAAUGAACAGGCGCAAGGAUCGGAGAAGGAGAGCUGGAUUCCAGCAUGGCAAAGCGUAAAAUGA